AUGGAUAAAAUAACAAUAUCGGAUGCUUUUACCGCUGAGGAUAUCAAAUUUUUAGCGGAAUAUGAAUUAAUAACGAUUGAGCCAUUUUUUAAUGCGGAUGAAUUUACUCUUUCUGGAAUUCGGUAUGGUCCAUUUAGUCCUCUAAGAAAGACCAAUGUACCUAUUUGGGUAGCCCUAAAAUUAAAAUCUCAGAAAUUAUGUAAAAUUGUCUCUCCUUCAUGGUUCACCGUCG